UUGUUGGUUUGUUUUGUAGGACGUCUCGACGUUCCUUGGCCGGUGAGUAAUAGAAAUUUGGAGAGAAGAAGAGCACGUUUCACCACAUUUCCUAGCAACCAGAGGCAUUUGAAAGUUAUCUUGGGAGAAGAGAGUUUAAGACAGACUACUUUGUGGAGUUCCGUCCCUCCUGGUCCAGAAGACUACGUGAUGUCGCACCCUAAGAUGAAUCUUCUUCCAGAAAAGGAUAGCUAUGAAACUUACUUGAAGAUGCGGGAGAAGAAGAAGGCAUCUGGCAGGGGCAAGAAGGGUGUUUCAGGUAGUGAGCCCGUUAGUGAAUCCGACGUCCAAGUAGUCGAACCGUCGGGGCGGUCAAAGAGGAAGAAGAAAGCAGCGCCUUUUGAGGUCCCGGACUACUCCGAUGGCUCUAUCCAUCUCACACUUCCUAGUGGGACUUCAGCCCAGACCGACUAUGAUUCGUGUGCGGAUCAUUUUGAGCGUCUGUUGCUAGAGGACGACCGCGCUAGGAUGUUGAAGGUUGGCGUGGUUGAUUCUGCCAGCACUGCCGCCCGUCUUGCGUUUCAGGGCUAUCAGUAUACUCUGUUCAUGAAGGAGCAGUUGGUAGAGGCGGCUGACCAGCUCAAGGUGGCUCUGAGAGAGCAAGACGCCCUUCGGAAGGAACUCGAGGAAGAGAAGGGUCGUUAUGAAACGGCAGAGAAGGAGCUGAGGGAUGAGCUAUCCUUGAAGAGUCACCUGAUUUCUACCCUUCAAUCUCAGAUAGGGCAGUUGGAGGCAACUUUGGAGGUCCGAGAGGAGGAGCUUCGGUUUAGCCAUCUUCAGACGGUCGUUCUUACCCGAGGUGAGAUGAUGAAGGAGUUCAAGGAAGGGAAAGCGGGUUCCUGGAACGUAGAGAAGGGCAUACGUGAGAUGGAGGAUGUACUACGUGACAGGGCUGAAGGAGUGGGAGUGGUUGAUGCCACUACUGACGGCGAGGGCGACGGGGGCGAUGACUAGACUUAUUUGUAGUUGAAACUUCUUCGAACAAUUUCUAUUUGGUUAUGUAAUAGUAAUUAGGCUCUUCGAACUUGAUAUUAUCUACUUUUCUCCCCUAGUUUGAGUCUAGUCUCUUUUGGCUAGAUUUGGACUUGGUAUUUGUAGGACAUGUCAUUUCCGGUAUAUCCGGCCCGAUCAGGUGGUUCGCUCUUUGAUGCUUUAUUCGACA